AGUCGGUUGCAUGCCACCACGUGGGUCUCCGAACGGAUAGAUACCUUACUCCGGGGAUAUUCGUGUAAACAUUACGUUAAUCUUGUUGUGAGUGAAACGAAGCGAUGCAUUUGCUACGAAAAGCAUCUUUCAACGACCGCAGCGGGGGGAUGCAAACAGUUGCAAGUGCAAGCGAGUGCAUCUAAACGGAAGCAAGCGUGUAACUAAACACGGCAUUCGGGGUGUGUGUGAGUGUGUGCUUGUUGCUGCUGAUGAUGAAGAGCCUGCUACGUGCAACGCUUAGGAAUGAGGAAAAUGCAGUUAGCACUACUAUAGUGUUGUGGUGGCUUAGCGAGUAGACGAGUGAGCCGGACGUCUGGGAAAACGGGAGGCAGUGGAGAAAAGAAAAAUACAACCCGUAGUCCUAGUUGUGGGAGGAAAUACUUGUCCACUAAAAGUGACAUUUAUGUUCCAUAUAACGUGUGGAUAAUGAUUUAAGUGCUUGUGGCAAGGGCUCAUUACGUGGCACUUGAGAGGAUCCAGAAAUAGGAAUAAUGUGCAAGGUGGUGUGAAGUGCGAAAGGAAAAAAGUCAAGCAGAAGCAAGCAUUUUUCCGUGACAAAUGUGCUGAAGUGUGACUGAGUGAUACUGGUACGAAUUAGUCACCAGGGGAUUUGUUGGGUUUUGGAUACGGAACUACGCUGCAUGCUAGUGGUGUAGUAGCUGCUAGAGUGUUAUAGUGGUGAUUACGUUUGAUGAGGAUAUAUGCCAGCAGCAAGAUCAUUUUCCCGCAGAAGGAAAAAAAAAGCUGAAACGUCCUCAUCUGCAUGCGCAAUCAAGUGCAACAUCAAACCAUUUCUGGCGGAGCAGCCAGAACAUUGUGAAUGACAAUACAAUAAUCGUAAUCAUCAACUGAAGACUUUGAUGACACGAGCAACGAACGAAUGGAAACUCUGUUUUUCAGAUCUUGUACAUUAAUCUCACUCGAGAUCAAAUACACUGUGUAGAUCAAAGUGAAACGAAAUUCACCCAUUUCUCUCAGUUCCAUAAGGUGGCGGAAAACUAUCGCUAACGUGAAAUAUUGCGGCGUUAAGUGUCGUUCGGUGGUGCAAUCAUUCUCCGACGGAAAUUGCGUAAUUUCGUAACUUCAUAAUUCAGUGCAAAAGUGUAUAAGCUCUCCUCGGUGUGCGUCUGUAUCUAUCUGACUAGGCUUUCGGUCGAAAAUAAUAAAUAUUUACAUGGUACAACAUAAUUCCGACCAUAAUCCGACCUACACACUUCAUCAGGCUGGUAAACAGCACAUGGAUAGAUUUGCGUGAUUCCCAUCGUGUCGAGGUGAACAGUCAACAACGAAGACUGCUCCAUCCGGUUUCCAUCGCUUCUGGUGGAUGUAAGUUGGCAAUUAUUAAUCAACCGUAAAUGUGUGUGGAGUGUCUACGACGACGGCGUUUGUUUCCGGGAUUACCGAACCGGCAAAAGAUCACGGUUCCACUUCGUAAAUAGCGUAUUCCUUUUCGAAGCCAUUAUCGCGGAGGACAGCUGGAGUGAACUGAGCACAGAACAGAACCGCGAUAGCUGUGCAACAGGGAACCGUUUCUACAUAUGCUCAACUGCAAACGCUCUCCAUUUCCGGAACAUGUCCGCUCACAUUAUCCGCCCCUUCCCAUCAACCGGUAGUGUUCGCAAUCUAACAGGUGUAGAGAAAAAUUGUGUCAUCUUUUGUGACAGACGGUGUGCAUAAAAAAACAUAAAGUAGCAAUCUGCUGUGAAUUAAAUACGCAUACCUACAAGGACCGGAUUAUGUAAACAGGAGUGAAACCAGAUGACAAUCCCACCAUGUGGAUGUGUUGCGCAGCACAAUGUGGCAGCAGUUGGGUGAACAUCGACUGCGACACUUCCGGUACCUAUGCAGCGUGUCCCAGGAAAAUCAACCAAGGACGAGAGACGACGUCGGCAUAACAAAGCGCAGAAUUUUCCCCCCGAGUUGCAGUUUACCUUUUGUUCUCAUCUAAUAAUAAAUGCACAUCCAACGAAGCGACAGCAACAGAACACGACACACGUUUCAGGUGUAAUAUUACCCUGAAGCUCUGAACGCUGCGCUUCAACGAGGACUCGAGCACAACGCGCGUGGGAAAUUCCCCGGGAAAGUGAAAAAAAAACAUUGCAUUAUGGUAUAAAACAUAGCGAAUCAACGUGGGAUGUUAGAAUAAAUGACUAGCUAGGGAAAAGCUGGAGCACUGCAUGCUACAAGGAAUAAUAUGGCUCGACGAAACUUUGCCAGCUUCGGAUGCAACUGCUGCUGCAAUCAGAAGCAACUACUUGCUGUGAUAGUCGUUUUUACAAUCGUCAUGGGGGCACCACAUUCAGAUCCCAGCUCAAUGCCGGCCAACUAUCUGGCACCGGCAACGUCACAGGCAUACUUUGCUACUCGAAACAAUACCAAAGUUACGGCACAAAAGGGUGGCACAGCGCUGCUGCCAUGCACCGUACUGACACAAACUUCCGCCCUGGUAUCCUGGGUCAGGCGAAGAGACUUCCAGCUGCUCACCGUAGGAUUUUCCACAUACAGCAGUGACGAACGCUUCCUGGUGCACCAUAUCCGGCACAUGGGUCACUGGGCACUGCGGAUCAAGGCGGUUCGGGACGAGGACCGGGGUCUAUACGAAUGCCAACUGUCGGUGCACCCGGUGCAAUCGGUGUUUGUCGAACUGAAAGUUGUAGAAGCCGUUGCGGACAUCGUGGGAGCGCCGGAUUUGCACAUUGAUGAAGGCUCAACGCUACGGUUGGAGUGCAAACUGAAACGAGCCACCGAGUAUCCCGAUUACGUGUUCUGGUACCAUCAGCACAGCAUGGUAAACUUCGACCAGCAGAAUGGGUUUUCGGUGACGCCGUUCCAACCGGUUGAUAGCACAGCAUCAUCGGUUGACGUAGCGGAUGAGCCUUACCCGUCGUUACACGAAUCCCACAACAGACACCAACUGCACCAUCAUCUCCACCACCACCACCACCACCAUCACCACCAGCUACAGCAACAGCAUCAUCAGCAUCACUUGCACCUGCAUCGGAUGCCGCAGCAGGACCCAAUCCUGGACGAGGAUGAUGGCAGCUUUGGACUGAAUGCGCUCGAUCUGCUGAACUCAGCAGCUCUGAGCUUGGUGGAUUCCACACUGCUGGAUUCCGGUGAGUCACUGGCCACUGACCUCACCCCGGGAUUGCCCGCCGAAGAACAGCUGUACCAGUGGUCGCUGAACCAUAGUGGCUUCCUGCCCUACUCGCACAUUCUGUCGCCCGCCACCAGCGUCCUGACAAUCAUGGAGGUGCACUCGAAACAUGCCGGUAACUACACCUGUGCACCAUCCAACACGCGACCCGCCAGCAUCACGGUUCACGUGCUGCAAGGCGAAAAGCCAGCCGCUAUGCAGCACGCCAACCGGAGUCAGCUGGAAGAUGGCAAAGUGAAAUCCGCUUCUAGCAGUGGCAGUGCAGUAGCACACUGCCGCAGCCAUCAGCAUCCGUUUAUGGUACUUCCGGUGGUGUUGCUCCUGCUGUUUCUAGUGCAAAUAAGGCAUCUUUCUCCACUGCGGACGACCAACCCCUACCUGGUGAAUAGGUGAAAGCGAAGAGCCGGAUGCUGCCUCCAGCCAGCAACGGAGGACAAGGGCAACAACGCAACGGGAGGAGGCUACUCUCCGGUCAGCUAAAUUAGGUUAAACGAGAGCAAAAAUAUAAUAUGUAUCUCUGUGUUUGAAUACAAGCCGGCAUCCGUCGUCGUCGUCGGUGUCGGUCGGUGAAAAGCUGCUCCUUUGAGUUCAGCCAAGCUGAACCUCGGGUCUAGUGCAGAGUCGAAUAGGCAAGCAACCCUUUUCCGCAACAAUGCAAAAUGGAAGAGUCAAAAUAAAAUGAAAUGUAAAUUUAAUUUUAGGUUUCCUACCGCAGAUAGUAGCAUUUUAUAUAUAAAAGGAGAAUCUUUCUACGAAGACAGUAUAAUUUGAUUUUGGGGUCGCUUUCCUGUUUCCCGUUUGGUUAAGGUGGGUAAACAGAGCCCAGCUCUCCAGAUCGACAACCAAUGUAAAAAGUGUAUAACCAUGCAGGGUUGCUUUCAUUCACUUCGCUGUAACAAAUUAUUUUCGGAAUUAAUCAUAUUUUCGAGGAGUUUUUGAACGGCCUUCUACCAGCGAUUUCAAGAAAAUGAUUCUAGAUUUUUCAAGCUUAGCAUAAAUAUGACACUAUUUUCCUGAGGUUCUAGAUGAAAAAAUAUGAAAGUAUUGUCCCACGACAAAGUUCGAGUAGUGGGAAAUGUUAUUUCAAGCUGCUCGAAUAAUGCGAUCCAUUAUGAAAUCAUUAGAUGUUAUAAUUAUAUUUUGUUCUUGUAACUUACAAGUACAAACUAUCAUUAUAACAUCCAAUGAUAACAUAAUUUCGAAAAACUUUUUUAACAGCAAUGUGAGUGAAAGCAACCCUGUAAAUCAUGUAAAGCAAAACGUAUAUUUCUCUCCACGUUGACUAACAAAAUGUGAAUUGUUUGAAGAGUGUAUGAAAAAAAAAAUACAAAAUUGAAAAGUGUUAUUCAAUACUAGCUAGUGCAAAUGUUUCAACAAUCGAAGUCAAUAACACAUCUGGAAG